AUGGCAGAAUCAUUUCCGCUGAGCAUUGCAACUAAUAUUUUGACGAGAAUGGUCUUUCUGAAUUUCCAAAAAGCAAGCUUGUCGUGGGACCUUCCAGAAGAGACAAAAAAGCUCCAAAACACCCUGUCCAAAAUCAAAGCCGACCUCUUCAAUGUCCAGGAACAACAGGCUCAGAUCAUUGAGCUGCGGAGCGAGCUUGCAACGCUUUCAGAUCUGUUGUAUGAUGUUGAGGAUAUGGUGGAUGAAUUGGAGUCUGAAGUGGCGAACUCAUCGAGAAACACGGUAUACAAAUUUCUUUCGAGCAUUAAAUUUUCUAAAAAAAUCAAAGAGAUCAGGAAAAGGUUAGAAGAAACGACGGCUGUUAUCAAGUCCAAGUAUGAUCAGAAUAAGGGUGAGUUUAGACGUGUUUACUCAGGGGACUUGGUGAUGAACUACACCUUUGUCAAUCCUUCCGAAGUUUUUGGGAGAGACGUUGCUAAGGAAAAUAUUAUCGACAUUUUGAUGAAACCAAACGAGGAAGAUCAUAAAAAGGUCUCUAUAAUUUCUAUAGUCGGAAUGGGAGGUACUGGAAAAACUACUCUAGCCAAACUGGUGUAUAAUGAAAAAAUGAUAGAUGAACACUUUGAUCUAAAAAUGUGGGUACAUGUACCGGAGGAUUUUGAUAUAAUUACAUUGAUGAAAGAAACUUAUUCUUCUGCAACUGGUGAAAGUCAAGUUGAAUUUGCAGUCGAUAAGUUAGAAGACCUCUUGCUACGAGCAUUGGUUGGUAAGAAAUUUUUUCUGGUCUUGGAUGACGUGUGGAAUGAAAACUAUGGUAAAUGGGAAAUAUUCAAACAUAUAUUGACGCUGGAAGCCCGUAAUGGGAGUAAAAUGUUAGUUACUACGCGUAGUAACCGAGUUGCAAAAAUGAUGGGCACCGUUUCUAGUUAUGUUUUAGAAGGCCUUUCUGAGGAGGAAUCGAUGAAAUUGUUUGCAAAAUGGGCGUCUCAAGAGGGAGAAUUCGAAAGACAUGAAGACCUUUGUAACUUUGGGAGAGAAAUUGCGAGAAAAUGUAGUGGAAUUCCUUUAGCAGUGACAACUUUAGGAACCCUACUUUAUGGAAACAAAGAUACACUUGAUUGGUUGGCAAUUAGAGACAGUGAUAUGUGGGAACUAAAACAAGAGGAAGAUGGCAUCAUACCAGCAUUGAAAUUGAGUUAUGCUCAUUUACCAUCUCAUUUGCGACGAUGUUUGGCAUAUUGCUCUCUGUUUCCUAAGGAUUAUUGUUUUAACAGUAAUUAUUUGAUCCAUUAUUGGAUGGCUCAUGGUUUUCUUGCAACUAAUAAUGAAGAUGAGGAGUUGGAAGAUGUUGGAUUGCGAUAUUUGAAGGAAUUAAUUUCGAAGUGUUUCUUUCAAGAUGUUGAAGAUCAUGGUUAUUUUUUCACAUUUAAAAUGCAUGAUCUUAUACAUGAUCUUGUUGUGAAAAUGGCACAAAAAGACUGCAAAACGGUAGAUCUCAGAAUCCGCCCUACUCAGAUAAGUGCUCGCCAUUUGUCAAUUCUUGGCUUUGAAAAUUAUAACGGAGAAGUUCCAUUUAUUUUGAGCAAAUUGCUGACCAUCAUCAUGCAAAGUCUCAAAACUGAGCGUGUUACGGAGUCCUUCAUAAAUACAUGGACAACCAAGUAUAAGUACCUCAGGUUAUUAUGCUUAAGUGGUUUACAAGUUAAAGGGUUGCCGAACUCUGUCGGUGCAUUGAAACAUUUGAGAUAUCUUGACUUAUCUCGGAAUUCAAUCUUAAAGGAACUCCCGAAUUCUAUUUGUAAACUUCAAAGUUUACAGACCUUAAGACUUGAACGUUGUUCAAAUCUUCAACUGUUACCUAAUAAUCUGCCAAACCUGAUCAGCCUCAGAUAUUUGGAUUUGACUACAAUACAGAAGCGUCUACCACGAAAUGGAAUUGAAUGUUUGACUUCUCUCCGAUCUCUGCUGAUACUUAAUUGCGACAAUCUAGAAAGUUUGCCACGCAAUAUAGCACGGUUAACCAAAUUGAAGAAAAUGGUGAUUUGCAGUUGUCCAAAGCUUAAUCUGGAGAGGAAUUUUCCUGAAGAUGCUGACAGUACUUUACAGUACAUACGGAUUGAAGCAUGUACCAAUCUCACAGCACUACCAGCCUCGCUUUCAAAUCUCACAUCACUUCAAGAACUUGAGAUUUUAAGUUGCCCAGGAUUGUCAUCUUUGCCAGACAGGAUGCAGAACCUCACCAACCUUAAAAAAUUGAAGAUACAGAAGUGUCCUGAGCUGAGUGAAAGCUGCAGACAGAACUGGUCGAAUAUUUCUCAUGUCCCAGAGAUUCAUCUUGAUCCUGCAGUUGCUUCAGAAUCGGGAAAUAUAAAAGGAUCAGUUGUUAAAGCUGUCUCAGAGAUUGUAUCAUAUGCCUCCAGCAAGUGA